UGUGCUUAUCAUGUUUUAUACGGUACUGUAUUGACUUAACCUUGAAGGGGAAUUUAAAACACCGACACUAUUUCGAGAUGUCUGAAAACAUUACCACACUAACUGGCGUCCUUGUUGAUGUUUCUGGAUCAAUGAGGUGGAAUGUUGGAGAAGGUGUUAACGAAGGAGGCGGUGAUUGGGUGCGGUCAAUAUUUCAGGUCAUUGACGAUCUAAUCAAACACGAUAUAUCUGAAACAAACGAAGUGUUUGCUAUCGCUUAUGGAGCAAACAAUUGUAAAAAUGAAAUUUUUGACAUUCUUAGCACGUUAAAACGGUUUCAAAUUCCAGUGCCUCGUUACGAGUCUUUUAGACAAAUUAUUGACCGUUUACUGCAAAUACUUCAUAAUGCCGGUGCUUCAUCUGUCAGAAAAUGGGCAACUAUUGAUGUCAUCAAGAAUGCCAUUUCACAUAACCUGGCGGCUGCAAUAUUGCGCGAACUCGAAUCUGACCGUAACUUUGUAAGAUUUUGCGUCGAUAAAUGUUUACCACCAGCAUGCAAGGGAUAUACACCAGUAGCCCUCAGCGGAUAUGAUAUAUUUUCUUUGUUUGCAAAGGGAGUGAUAGGCACAGCUGAGUCCGUAGCCAGUACAGUUCGUCCAGCAACGAAGGCUGAUGUAACAGAAGCAGUGGGAAAGGCAAUGGGUUUCCUCCUAAAUGAUGUCAGCAUAAGUUCAUCCAUAUUUAGUGUUCAAGAGGCUUCAAACAUAAUCCAUGGAAGCGUUGGUGAAGAACUCACAGAAAACCGUUUGCAGGAGCUGAUGGACACAGUGAAACCUAUCAUUUAUGGUCUUACACCAUUUUAUACAUCAUUGCGAAAGGCGAAAGAGCUGUUUUCCAGUACAAGGUAUAGAAACCAUAAAAAGCUGCUGUUUAUUUUUUCUGAUGGAGUGCCUACGGAUCAAGGAAAUGAAAAAAUGUUCGGGGAGUUGAGGGAUGAAAAUGUAGUGGUGGUGAGCUGUUUCAUUACAAGAUCAACAGCAGUCGAGUCACAGAGACUUUAUAGUAAGAUUGAAAGAGAAUGGGACAACGGUGCUAAAUUAAUGUUUAAGCUGAGUUCCAAAGUUCCAACUCAGCUGCUGCCACGUACAAUAUUCGUAAAGCGUGGGUGGAAGAUUGAUAUAAAAAAUAACGAAACAAAAUUGUUUUUGCAGGCGAAUCACCCUGAUAUUAUGAGGGAUGCUUGUAGUCUAGCGCGGAAUGUAGUCUGUUGUCAAGAUGCAUUAGCGGAUAUACUUGUUUCGGUUUCGCUAGACAUUUAUAUCAACCAAAGUACCACUGGGUUUGGUGCACAACGUCAGGUUGGGGGUACGUGCUAUGCUAACGCUUCAGCAGCAGUACUUCAUCUGUCAAUGAAACGAAUUCUUGGACGAGAGGGUGGUUAUCCGGACUUCUUAGAGUUGAGACAAGAUUUAAUCGAUCUGUAUGGUAUAGAGGGAGCAAAUACUCUUGCAGUUCUUCAAAAUGUGUGCCCAAAGUACCGGCUACAUUGUAAGAAAGUUGACAUAAUCGGCGCAAUGCAUGCCAUAACUGCCAAGCGCCCAGUGGUUGCAAGGUUCCGUCUUACUGAUGCCGAAUGGAAAGUAUUUUCAAAGUUCUAUGAAGAACACAAAACAGGUGUUCUUACUAGAAAUGAAAUAGAUCUACGCAAAUCCCGAUAUGGUAAACUAGGAGGCCAUGCAGUCGUUCUUACUAGCUUCAACAGUGAGUGUCUGUAUUUAAUGAAUUCCUGGGGAACAGAAUGGGGAGACAAUGGAUUUUUUAGGGUGCAAAAUGCUGAUGUCCUUGAUUUAGAGUUCAUUGAUGUUUUCUGGACACUAAAUGAUCUCACUGAAAAUGAAAAAGACUACCAUAAGCGACAUGGCUCCGAAGUUGCUGAUAAAUUGAUGAAAAGUUUGAUUAGCUUACAGAGGGCAAAGUACCUAUGCCCAGUAUGCAACCAAACAUCACUUGUCACUGAGUUUUCAGGCCAUUUGACACAAGCAAAAUGUCCGAAAUGCUAUUGCUUUUUCAAUAGUAAUGAAGCGGGGAAUAUCUUAGCAUUGAAUAUGUACCUCACCUCCAUCAGUAGGUAGAUGGUUUAUUUUUGAAAACUGAGAAAUGACACUUUCAACAUUUUCAUCCUUAUACACAUUCCAGUGGAUGAAAGAAGAUAGGUGAACAAGUCGAGAAACAUGUCUAUGGUUCGACAAAUAAAAAUAUGAAAAUGAAAUCUCAAUUACAACACAACUUUCUUUGAUAUCUUAGUGAACAUUAAAGUAGUAACAUUGAAGUUUAAAAUAUAACAUGCAUAUGAUGAACGUAUCAGAUAUAGCAAAACAUCUAUAAGGAAUAAAAUUGUUUGACCCUAUAGCACUCACUUGAAGCGUGAUUUACUGUAACUGUACAAAAAAUGUUAAGCAAGACACGCUCUAUGCUUUAUCAAUAUGAUAUACUUUACUAUACAGGGAAUAAAAAUUCCUUCGUUGUAAGU